GAGUGGUCAAUCUCAUCUGCGAACAUACAUUCAUACAACGAAGAAAUCAAAUUGAAGAAAUUUGAGUUCAAUCAGCCAAGAAGAGAACCAUGGGAGGCCGUGGGAGGAUAAAUUUUUCGAGGGUAACCCUUGCUCUCGUAGGAUUGUUCCUCGGAUCGUUCAUCUCUGCAUCCGAAGCGGCCGUCAGAAAAUACCAAUUCGAUAUUAAGGUGAAGAACGUGAGUAGACUAUGCCAUGCAAAGCCCAUAGUGACAGUAAAUGGGAUGUACCCUGGCCCUACAAUUUACGCCCGUGAAGGAGACAGAGUUAUUGUCAAUGUCACAAAUUACGCUCAAUACAACAUGUCAAUCCACUGGCACGGGCUGAAGCAGUAUCGAAACGGGUGGGCAGAUGGGCCUGCAUACAUCACGCAGUGCCCCAUCCAGACCGGGAACGGCUACACGUACGACUUCAACAUCACGGGACAGAGAGGGACUCUCUGGUGGCACGCUCACAUUCUGUGGCUGAGGGCCACUGUGCACGGCGCGAUCGUCAUCAUGCCUCAGCAGGGGACUCCGUUCCCGUUCCCGCAGCCCUACAGAGAAUUCAACAUACUUCUAGGAGAAUGGUGGAACGCUGAUGUUGAGCAGGUCGAGAAGCAAGGGAACAUCAUGGGGCUGCCGCCGAACAUGUCCGACGCUCACACCAUCAAUGGCAAACCCGGGCCACUCUUCCCCUGUUCCGAGAAGCAUACUUUUGUAAUGGAGGUCGAGUCGGGGAAGACCUAUCUCCUCCGUAUCGUCAACGCUGCACUGAACGACGAGCUUUUCUUCGCUAUUGCUGGACACAACAUGACAGUCGUCGAGGUUGAUGCAGUCUACACGAAGCCCUUCACGACACAGUCCAUCUUGAUCGCCCCAGGCCAGACCACAAAUGUCCUGGUCCAAGCUGACCAAGCACCCAACAGGUACUUCAUGGCUGCACGGCCUUUCAUAGACGUCGCGAUCGCCGUAGACAACAAGACUGCCACGGCUAUCCUCCAGUACAAGGGUGUCCCCAAUACUGUCAUCCCUUUGCUCCCGAACUUGCCAAACCCGAACGACACCCAAACCGCUUUGGACUAUAACAAGCAGCUUAGGAGCUUGAACUCACCGCAAUUCCCCGCCAAUGUUCCACAGAAGGUCGACCGGAACCUCUUCUACACUGUUGGUUUGGCCAUGAACGCUUGUCCCACUUGUGUCAAUGGGACAAGGCUCCAAGCUUCCUUAAACAAUAUCACCUUUGUCAUGCCCCAAGUUGGCCUCCUCCAAGCCCACUACUUCAACACUUCCGGGGUCUUCACAACCGACUUCCCAGACAAGCCGCCGAGGCCCUUCAACUACACCGGCGCCCCCCUGACGGCAAACCUCAGGACCAACCAUGGCACAAGGGUCAGCAAGCUCGCCUUCAACUCAACCGUCGAGCUCGUGCUCCAGGACACGAACCUCCUCACGGUGGAGUCACACCCUUUCCACCUCCACGGCUAUAACUUCUUCGUCAUGGGGACAGGUAUCGGGAACUUCGACCCUGCCAAGGACCCGGCCAACUACAACCUGGUCGACCCAAUGGAGAGGAACACCGUCGGAGUCCCCACUGGUGGGUGGACUGCUAUUCGGUUCCGCGCUGAUAAUCCAGGUGUGUGGUUCAUGCACUGUCACCUGGAGCUGCACACCGGUUGGGGGCUGAAAACAGCGUUUGUGGUGGAAGAUGGGCCGGGACCGGAUCAUAGCAUCCUGCCUCCACCAGCUGAUCUUCCGCCAUGUUAAAUUGAUCAAAUAUCAAUUGAGCUUGUGAUGAACAGCAAGUAAUUUGAUAUUUCAAAAAGCUAUACAUUUUUUUUUUCUUUUAUAAAUUCUUAUGACCAGAUUACCAUUAUUCUUUUUUCUUUUAAUUCACGCACAAAGAAGAUGAAGGAGGUUUCUUGAGGAAGAAAUUUGUGGAAGCAAAGAAGUGGAAGCCCUGCUUGAUAUUGGAAAACGUAACACAAGCUCCGACAAUUGUAUAUUUUCAACAGAGUGUAUGUUAAUUUUAAGAUGAUAAUAAAAUGAAUUUGAUGAUUAAUGAA